AUAUUAGACAAAACAAACACAUGUUUUCAAAUAAAGUCGCAAAUGACCUCGACGGAACAGUUAUCAACGAUGUUUACCAACAUGAACAUUUCGUCAAUAGAAUCUUCUCUGUCUGUUGUAGAAAAAACAAAUUUGUCGGAAAAUUUAUCACGUCCCGAAGCCGAGUAUUUCGAACAACUACUAUGUCGAGAAAGAGACGAGCUUCAAAAACUUUGUGAAAAGUGGACGAAAAUUCAGAGCGACGAUAUUAAAGAAGAAGAUAUUUGUUGCCGAAUUAAUCAAGCAGUAGGACAAACGACUAUGUUAAUCGAAGAGAAGUUUAAACAGUUUCACAAUAUGAUCAAACAUUCGAAAGGUAGCGGUAGAUUACUGAUAACUUCUUCGGACUUGCAUGGAUUAUGGGAUAGCAUGUACAUAAAAAUUAAGGAUUGUUAUUCGCGAUUUGCAUAUCUGAAAAAGCUUCGCGCCGCACGUUGGCGGGAAGAGUUAUCUCCCGUAAAAUCUGUCGAGUCUAGAAACAAAACGACCAAGAAGCAAGCUACGUCGAGAAAGCGAAGAUCGCGAUCAUUACCUUCGACUUGUGGCAACAAAACAACAGCUCAAGAUGACAAAACGUGCGAGCAGAUUGAUAACGCUACUUAUAUGUGCACAUCUUUUGUGACUAAUAAGAGGACUACAAGUGUUUUCGAAAUAAACAAUUCCAAGAAGUGCGACGAAAAAGAAUCUGCAAAUCAGCAAGAAUCUGAAAAUAAGACGAGAAUGUACACAUCAACGCCGUUCGGCGAUCGUACAAUUAAGUCAAGUAAUCUGCACGCUCCAUUUGUAACGAUGAAAGUAAAUCAGUUGUAUAAAAAAUCAAUUCAAAUACUUGAUGUGACCGAUUCGUCUUGCUCUUGGAAUACCACGGUAAUCGAAAAUACAAUAAUUGAAAAAGACAAUACUCUUGCGUUAAAUGUAAACAAAAUCGAAGAACCGCAAGUGAAAAAAAAAAAAUAAAUCUUGAAAAAAAAAAUCUCUAAAAGAGAAGGAAAGAGAAAUUUUCCUUUCCUUAGGAAUCCGA